GGCAGCGGGGGCUCCAGGCCCGCGGGCCGGGUGCGACUAGGCAGGGAGCAGUCGGGGCCGCGUGGGCCGGUCACCCCCGGCGGCCUCGAGCGGCCCGUGUCCACGUGGGCCACAGCACCCCCCGGUGGAAGCGGCGGCCAGCCCGGGCCGCGGGAGCGGAGGCAGCGCGAGCGGCCGAGCGAGGCCAAUGGCCGGCGCGGGGCCCCGCGGCCAGGCCUCCCUGUGGACGGCCAGGCCACGGCCUCCGGCGGCGCGGCCACCCCAGCGCCCCCCGCAGCGGCCGCCCCAGCGCCCGCCAGCUCCUGGCGCGUCUGGACGCGCGCCCCCUGGCGGCCCGAGCGGCGAACGACGUGGCGGCGCUGGUGCGCAGGGCGGGCACUUCGCUGCACCUGCGCCCCAAGGACGUUUUUGGGUUACACCGGCAGCGCUCAGGGGACUAUAUGUGGUGCAGGAUUCAAACUAUUGUUGUAGCCACAACCACAUGUAAGUUUUUAGAAAAGGUCGCGCGGCCGCUAAUGCGGUUUGGAGCUGUCCCAGUCCCGAAUCCCGGAGCCAUGUUAGUUGCUGCUCAGUGUCGCCGGGACUCCAUCUGGAGAAGGUGUGCUGGCUGUACCUCCUCCGUCUGGAUCUCCGGUGUUGCUGGCCCGGUAUCGGGUCCGGAGCAUUCUCCGGCUGCGUUGCUCACCAGAACACCCGGCUUCUUCUCUGUUGAAUGACCCGUGCAGCACUGACGGCGCGCGCCAUCGACGAAUAAUAAGUACUAGCCAACACCUCCACGAAGGAACGCAGACCUGGCAACAAAACCAGACGGCCGACAUCCCCUAAACAGCCCGCUACCCCCCCCCCGCCCCCAAGGAUCUGCAUUUCCCUAGGCCCUUGCCGAGCCGCGCGCUGUCCAAAGAGCUUCACAGCCGCUUCUCGCGGGCGCGUGUCCGCCGUUGCCCGACGUGGCCGCGGAGUCUCCGGGCAGCGCAGCCCGCGCGCCCCCUGCCGGCCGCCGCCGCCGCGCGCCCAACGACGCUUCCCGGAGAGCCGCGCGCCCCCUGCCGGCCGCCGCGCGCCCAACCAGGCGUCCCGUACAGUCGCGCGCAGGCGGGGGAAGAGACGCAAAAUGGCGGACGCCGACGACGGCGUCUCGGGGCCGGCGGCGUUGUCCGGCGCGCCCGUUUCGUUCAGCUUCAGCCGCACGUCCUCCCGGAGACGGCUGGCCGACGCGGGAGACGGCGCGGGGGCGGCGCCGGAGGAAAAGGAUUUCUUGAAGAGCGUGGAAGGGCGGGAACUGCACAGUGUGAAGCCCUUGGAAGCCCCUAAGGAACUGGUGAUCCCUCUGAUCCAGAAUGGCCGCCAGCGCAGACAGCCCCCAGCCCAGACCCAGGAGCUGUCCACAGAUGACCCCAUGAUGGAUGGGGUGCUCUCGCAGGCUGUAAAGGAGUUGAUUGAGGAAUCCAAGAAGUCUUUGGAGGAAAGAGAAAAUGCUGGUGUUGACCCCACUCUCGCAAUCCCCAUGAUUCAGAAAGGAUGCACUUCCAGCGAGCGUGGGGAAGACAGCGAACCUCAGGCUGAGACAACCCCAGAGGAGGCCAAUUAUGAGGCAGUCCCUGUGGAGGCCUAUGGGCUGGCCAUGCUGAGAGGCAUGGGCUGGAAACCCGGUGAGGGUAUCGGCCGCACCUUCAAUCAAGUGGUCAAGCCCCGUGUCAACUCCCUGCGGCCUAAGGGCUUAGGGCUGGGUGCCAGCCUGACAGACCUCCAAAGUCUGGCCCCAACUGGCCCCCACCGCCCACCAAAGCCAAAUGAGGAGCGUGAGAAGGAUAAAGAAGAGCAGCCCAAGGAACUGGUGCCUGGAGGAGCUGUGGUCAUGCUGUCUGGGCCACAUCGCGGCCUCUAUGGGAAGGUGGAAGGCCUCGAUCCAGACAACGCGCGGGCCAUGGUUCGUCUGGCCACAAAGAGCCACAUGGUGACUGUGAGUGAGUACUGCCUGCGGCCCGUCUCCCAACAGGAGUUUGACAAGAACACAAACCCCGGCCAAGCUGACAGAAGCUGCCCCAGACAACUGAAUGGAAAAGGCUCGCAGGACCUGGACCUCUGGGAGGACUCACACAGGAAGCGGAAGCAUCUUCCAGACCACCAGAGCGGCCCCUCAGCCAAGGGGAACACGGCCACAGCCUCCCGGACUCAGCACUGGCUGCACAGGGACCUGCGGGUGCGGUUUGUGGACAAACAGCACAAGGGUGGCCGCUAUUAUAACACAAAGAUGACCAUUGAAGAUGUCCUGAGUCCAGGUAUUUGUGUGUGUCGGACAGAUGAAGGCCGUAUCUUGGAAGGGCUGAAGGAAGACAUGCUGGAGACGCUGGUCCCCAAGGUUGAGGGCCACCGGGUGAUGGUGGUGCUGGGACCCCAGGCUGGAAAGGUGGGCCGCCUACUAGGCCGGGACCAAGCACGGAGUCGGGCCAUGGUGCAGCUACAGAGAGAGAAUCAGCUUUUGGAGCUUCACUACGAUGCUGUCUGCCAGUAUAUGGGCCCCAGUGAUGCCGAGGAUGACUGACACCCGUGUCCCCUGACUCCCAUCCCCUAGACUCCAGCCUGCUGUCCUGUGGAGUCUGGAAAGGCUGCCUGCCUGCAGGGGAGGAGAGUCUUAGUCUUACUCUUUCCUCUGGGGACACGCAGGGUUCUCAGUGGAUAGGAUGGGUUAGCUGGGAAGCCUGAAGCAAGCCUAGGGCUUAACAGGAUUUAACAUUUACCAAAACCCAUUGCACAUGUUGACUUAAAAGUUACGCCACCCUUAAUGGUCCAACAGUGGAGAGGGGAACCUUCCAUCAGCAACUCUCUCCACAUCCAGGCUUGGGGCUCAGGACAAGGGUGAGGACCCAGAGUGCAGGCAAAGGGUUCCCUGCUGGAAAUGGAUACUCUGAUGUGGACGGUCUGGAGGCCGCAGACACCUUUGAACAGGAACGUCACAACAGGGACUCCGCUCUAACUCCAGUCCAGAGCAGACCCCCAGAGGGUAUCUUGAACCCUAACUGAGUUGGGUGGGGCAGGGGUACUCCAACUCUACAUAUUUCUAAAGGAGCUGCUGAGUUUCUUGGUGCCCCUUUAAGGCAAAACUGGCUUGCAAGUAAAAAGUUUGAUCUGUCACAAUUCAAAAUGAUUCUGGUUGCUCCUGGAGAACUAUUUUUCACAGAAAAGGUGGUUGUUAGAGGAGCUUUAGACUUGUUCCGGUUUUUAUAGCUUCAUAUAGAAAAACCAAGGAAAGAACGCCAACAUUUAGGCACAGUUGUUCUUCCAGGUCAGUUCCCCGCCCCCCCCCACACACACACACAUUCACACAAACUCCUUAAGUUGCUGGUUCAGUAAGUGGCAUUUCGGUUAGUCUGGGGCCUAUGGCAAGAACUGCUGCAGGAACAUAGAACGGGCCUGGAGGGUUCAGACCCAUAGCCCUCAAGUGGGGGCCACGGCCCAACUGCUAGCCACCCUUGUGGGCCACUGUAAAAUGAACUUUGAGGGACAGAUUUGCUCUUAUAUUUGUAAUGAAUUCUAGGCUGAAGGUUUUAUCAAAAUCAUUCAAAUAGGGUUGUUGGUGCAAUGGGCAGAGAGCAAACCCCCUCCCCCAGUUCCUCCAGUCCUGCAGUUACCUUUGUGGUUAUAUACACACUGCCUCCAUCCCCAGAAUUCCAGAUGAAGUUGUACUGUUUCUUUUUGUCUGUAGAACAAAGACGUUUAUUAAACCUUAAACCCAU